ACCCUGUGUGGUUAUCAACGAGCUGCUAGUUGGCGUUCAACUGACAGUUGUGAAGUGGAUACUUUUUUCUUAACUGUCUUUCUCGUGCCCGAGGUUGGUGCUGACUUUUUUUUAAAGGAAAUCACCGAAACAGGGAAAAGUAACAUAAUCCACAAUGUUCUCGUCACUGUAUGAAGCUGCCAAAAACUCCCCAUUCCGGACGCCAUUUUCCAAAGUCCAAUGCGACAGCACCGGUAAGUCGGGCCCUGUGUCCGGACGCCAGAUUCAGGCAGCUUCAACUCCUACUGGUGAUUCGUGCGAAUUCGGCAGCAACAAAUACUAUGCCCUCUGCGGUGUCGGCGGUAUCCUGUCCUGCGGUACUACGCACACCUUCGUCGUACCGUUGGAUUUGGUGAAGUGCCGACUCCAAGUUGAUCCCAAAAAGUACAAGAACUUGAUCAAUGGCUUUAAGCUUACUGUGGCUGAAGAAGGCGCACGUGGUCUGGCUAAGGGCUGGGCUCCAACAUUCAUCGGCUACUCGGCACAGGGACUGUGCAAGUUCGGCUUGUACGAAGUCUUCAAAGUGUACUACGCCAAUCUGUUGGGAGAAGAGAAUGCCUACUUGUACCGUACUUGGUUGUACUUGGCAGCAUCUGCAUCAGCUGAAUUCUUCGCUGAUAUUGCAUUGUCUCCUAUGGAAGCCGCCAAGGUCAAGAUCCAAACCACCCCGGGCUUUGCUAACACUUUGCGUCAGGCUUUGCCUAAGAUGAUCAAGGAUGAAGGUAUUGGUGCUUUCUACAAGGGUCUGGUGCCAUUGUGGAUGCGUCAAAUCCCAUACACCAUGAUGAAGUUCGCUUGCUUCGAGCGCACUGUUGAAUUGUUGUACAAGCACGUUGUACCAAAACCACGUGUCGAAUGCACCAAGGGUGAACAGCUUAUUGUGACAUUCGCUGCUGGUUACAUUGCUGGUGUCUUCUGUGCCAUCGUCUCCCAUCCAGCUGAUGUGGUCGUUUCGAAACUGAACCAAGCCAAGGGCUCAUCUGCAAUCCAAGUGGCUAAAUCGCUUGGCUUCAUGGGUUUGUGGAACGGUCUCACGCCACGUAUCAUUAUGAUUGGUACACUCACUGCCCUGCAAUGGUUCAUCUACGAUGGCGUCAAGGUUGCCUUGGCUCUGCCUCGUCCACCACCAGCAGAGAUGCCAGCUUCCCUCAAGGCAAAACUCGAGGGUCAACAGUAAAAUAAAAAAAUGUUAGAUUUAAUUCAACUCAUCAGCAAUUACUAAUACGACUCUAAAUUAAAUAAGUUCAGCCAACGAUAUUAGAGCGUGCGACGUCAAGUCGUCACAACUAAAAUAGUUAAGACGCAAAAAGUAUAAAACAACUACCACAGCAGUACGAUUGAAAGCAGAAAUUAUACACGUACAUACAUAUAUUGACUCGGGCCUAACGUAUCGACACAUUUAAAGGGGACUAUAUCAGUACAACUAAAGGUUUUUGCAACAAGCAGAAAACUUUACUGUUAACUCCAAUACUCAACGCAUUUACAGCAUUGUAAUUCUGUCAUUCCGGUGGAUACUGUAAAUGUGCCACACUUUAAGCUUUGCAUUUCUAUUUAUAAACCGUUUUAACUAACUAAAAUUAAAAUCUAAUUUCAAUGUACAUUCUGUAUUUCUAUAUUUCUUAACUUUUAACUUUUUAAACUUGUACAGCAUUGUUUAACGUAUUUAAGCUAAAAUCCUAUGUAUGUGCUGUGCGCUUAAGGCAAUAAAAUGAAAUUGAAUACAUUUUUGUUUGAAAGUCAUAAUGGUGUUAUUGCUUAUUGUAAGAUCAGUACGCAGCAUUAACUAUCGAAAGUGUAUUGUUUUAAACACAUAUGUAUGUUAUGUACUGUAUUUUGUAAUCCCCUCUAACAGCGUUGUUAACAUUGUCCGAAGAAAAACAUAGUAAAAUAUACAAAACUAAAAAUA